AUGAUGAAUUUCUGCAGGCUACUGGUUUCCAAGCCCAAUACUACUCUUCUCGUCACCAUCGUGGUUACUGAAGAAUGGCUCGGAUUUCUGGGUUCAGAGGAGACCUCAGGAAGUGAGAAAAUUCGUUUCAGAACCAUACCUAAUGUCAUUCCAUCUGAGCUGGUUCGAGCUGCGGAUAUGGAGAAGUUCAUCCGAGCUUUGAACACAGAGAUGGAACCCCACUUCGAGCAGCUUCUUGAUCAGUUGGAUCCCCCAGCUUCUCUCAUCAUGGCCGAUACUCUCCUGUCGUGGACCGUCUGCUUGGGGAACCGGAGAAAUAUUCCGGUGGCGUCAUUUUGGUGCAUGUCGGCCACCGUGUUUUCACUCUUCCACCACUGGGACCUUUUCACACAGAAUGGGCACUUCCCUGUUAAGUUAUCAGGUGAGCCAGCCUUUUAUGUUCUUCAACUUCAGAGGAUGUAUGAUGUAUGUGUCUGCUUUUGUUAA